CACACGUCACACAUCUUAUUUACCUCGUAAUAAUGACUACCCUGAUAUCCCUAGUGACUAGUGACGUGUACAGUGAUCGACUCGACGACUCAAUCGCGACGAUGCGGCGGCUCGUGCUGCCCGCUCUGGGGGCUCUGGUGGCCUCCUUCCUCUUCAUCCAGCUACAAGCAGAGCCUCCUGACACUCCUGCAAGCGUCGAGCUUGAAGAUCCCGUCCCCAUUCUCACACAAGACGCGCUGCCUCAGACCAACACUCUGCUGGACCAGCUUCUCCCCUUAGACCCUUUCAACGUCUCAGAUGUCGCCCAGCUCUUUACUCAGAGUCCAGACUGGGGAGCUAUCGGUUCCUCCUUCGAAGACGCCGUCGUGGCCACAUUCAAGUGCUUAAAACUAUGGGGAACCUUCCUCCUGCUGGUAUUAGUGCCAAUACUUCAAGCUCUAGCGGUUGUGGGCGAGGCAGCGCUGCCUCACGUGCUCACGGUCGCCAAAAUGGCAGCGGACUACGUGAGCAAGAUGGAUCCACUGCAUCAAGCUCUUGUGGCUAUUACAGUGCUGUUUAUAGUCAUCUGUAUCCGCCAGGGAUACGUGCACAAGGCGAGAGUCCGAUACGUGCGCACUAGACGGUCGCUGGAGCUGAGAUACCGAGCUUUCGUGGCCAGUUUAAGUGCCAAAUGGCGCGUCGUGGCCAUUCUGCUGCCUCAUUUUCUGUUCUUUGCACUGAGCUAUGAGGCGCUGUAUUGGCUGCCCACGUCCUCGAUGGAUGUGCUAAGUAGUGAAGCUCUCUUUGGUCUAUUAUCCGUCGGGUAUCCACUGCUACACUCCAUCGGAGUGAUCCGACAAAAGAGACUGUACCCGAAACGUACCAAGACACCCGCGUCCAGACCAGGAAUCACAAGCGAGUUGAUAAAGAAAUUUGAGAAGAUCAGCAUCCCAGACUACGAGUGGAGAGCGUACGAAGCGUGUUUGAAGUACUGGGUCCUCUGGUCGCUAGCAGUCUGUGUGAUCGGUAUGGUGACGCUCUUCUUACCAGCUUUUGUGACCUCGUUCUUCACUGUUCCGCUGCAUUUCUGUAAUAUUUUCCUCAUUUGGAUGCACUCUCCGUUCACUCGAGGCGACAUCGCGCUCUACACGUGGCUGAGUCCGCUGGUUAGUCCGUACGCUAACCGGAUACAUGAACGUGAAGCCACAGUGAAUCCAGAAGCCGAAGAAAAGACGAACUUCUUGAUCCGGAUACUGGUAUCGCUCCGUGUGGUGCCAGAAAGACACGUUUACUUAGCGAAGGAUUUGUGGUCACAGGGCCCUGCGCUCUUCGGGCUGAUCUUCAUGUUCACACCAGGCUUCGUGGCCUCUCGAGGGUGUUCGUUGAUGGGAUUUGGCUUCCCCGCCUACGUCACGAUUGGAGUGCUAGGCGAGAAGCGGACACGGCGCUAUGAGUGGUGGAUCGCUUACUUUAGCGUAGCGGUGACUGUGGACUACUUGAUCACUGCGAUCGGACGAGAGAUCGGCUGGCUUCCGCUGUUUUACCACGCGAAGUUGCUUGUGAUGAUGUGGCUCCAAUUCCCGUAUUUCCAAGGAGCGGAACGAAUUUUUAACGCAUGCUUUUCAAGUGUCUUCAUUGUGCCAGAAACCAAAGACGAAUGAAUGGAUUUAUCUUCUGACUAUGAAUUUUUGAAGAUAAAGUAUAACCUGAAUAUGCUAAAACGCUUCAAGUGUCAAAUUUAGAGUUCCUUGCUCGCUAUUGUUAGGGUGUCAGUCGCUAUUCAAAAAUAGCAACUGUCAAGGACCCCUUUUAAGGGGUCCUUGAUAGUUGUGGUUGGCUUGGCAAGUGGAAACGA